AUGGCAUCUGCAUUUCCCCCUCCCCCCGUCAGUUCCAUUGACUGGAACAAUGUCGGUUUCAAAGUCCGCGAUGUGAACGGCCACAUUGAAUGCCACUACAACGCAAGCACGUCGAGCUGGUCAGCCCCGAAAUUCGUCGCGACCCCUCACCUCAGCAUCCACGGGAUGGCCCCCGGCCUCAACUACGGGCAACAAGCCUACGAGGGCCUCAAGGCCUUCCGUCACCCGGCCGACAGCAACAAGAUCACGGUGUUCCGGCCGGACCGCAACGCAAUCCGCAUGCGCCACUCCGCCGAGUUCAUCUCCAUCCCGCCCGUGCCGGAAUCCCUGUUUGUCGAGGCGGUGCAGCUGGCCGUCGCCGCCAACGCCGAGUUCGUCCCGCCCCAUGAAACCGGGGCGGCCAUGUACAUCCGGCCGCUGGUGUUCGGGUCGUCGCCGCAGCUGGCCCUGACCGCGCCGGAGGAGUACACGUUCGUCGUGUUCGUCAUGCCCACGGGCGUCUACCACGGGGUCAGCGCCGUCGACGCCCUCAUCCUGGAGGAGUACGACCGCAGCGCCCCCGCGGGCACCGGGUCCGCGAAAGUGGGCGGCAACUAUGCGCCGGUGCUGCGGCACAGCGCCAAGGCGUACCGCGAGGGAUUCGGGAUCACCCUGCACCUGGACAGCCGCACGCGGUCUGAGGUUGAUGAGUUCUCUACCUCCGCGUUCAUCGGCGUCAAGAAGGAUGCCGCCGACGGCUCCGUCACCCUCGUGCAGCCGGACAGCACGAACGCCAUUGACUCCGUCACGGCGGCCUCCGUGCUGGAGAUUGGGCAGCGCUUGCUUGGGUACAAGUCCGAGCGGCGCCGCGUGCCGUACGAGGAGAUCAAGGAGUUUGACGAGGUCAUCGCCUGCGGCACGGCGGCGGCGUUGGUGCCUAUCCGCAGUAUCACGAUGCGGUCGAAGAACGACAAGUUCGUGUUUCAGAGUGGGGGCGAGGCGAACCAUGGCGGUGACGUCUGCCGGCAGCUCUUGCAGACCCUCAAGGGGAUCCAGAAUGGCAAGGUCGAGGAUACCUUCGGCUGGAACUUGACGGUCCAGAAACCGCCGCAGGAGUUGUUCGAGGGUGUGGGUGCCCCCGAGGAGGCAGAGUCGAACGGUGUCAAUGUACCGUGA